AAAAAAAAAAAAAAAAACUGGAAACGGGUUGUUUUCUCGGGAGGGAGUACUCAAACAAGUUGCCUACUCAGAAACCUCGCUAAAACCCCAGCUCCCCAGUUUCCGGCCACAGCCUCUUCAGUUUUGCUGGCUUACCAGUCAUCAAUUCCAUUCGCUGGACUAAUCCAUCCAAUUGGCGUUAAUGGAGGUUAACCAGGCGUAUAUAUCCCCCAAUACUGCAGAGACUGAUGAUGAGAUCUCAUUUGUUCUUGAUCUUUCUGAGAAUGAUCCUUUGUUCCAGAAGAAAAAGAAAUUACUGGAAGACGUAGGCUUUGAUCCAAAGGGAAGUGUUGCCUUGAAUAUUGCCUCCAAUCCUGAUCACUUGAAGCAUGUCCUGGACAUGAUGCUUAAGCGUGCCAGAAUCAUAAACUUGAAUGAGAUUGAACUGUAUUUUGGGGGAGCAGAUUUCGCUAAUCUGGUGGGUUUUAAUAGUCCAAGGCAUGAGUUGGAAGCUCUACAUUCUGUUCUUAGACUCAUUGAUUGUUCAAUUUCCAAUGGUAAAGUCAAGAAUAAAAAUUCACUGCAAGAGAUACGCAAUGCAACAGUUAAUAUGAUAGAUGAACUUGGGCACAAGUAUGGAGAGGAAACUAAAGUUGUUCAAGACUCCAGUUGUGAAAAUAGGGUUAUGUAUUUUCACUUUUUUAUUGACGGUACAGAUGUUGAAGGAGCUGGAAGAGGAGCUAUCGCUAAAGAAGAUCUGAAAAUUGGGGACAUUGCUCUAGAGGUCCCUGUGUCUUUGGUCAUUUCCGAGAACCUGGUUUUUGAAACUGGCAUGUUUCCAAUAUUGGAGAAAAUUGAGGGGAUUUCUUCAGAGACAAUGCUAUUGUUAUGGAGCAUGAAGGAGAAACACAACAGCGAUUCCAAUUUCAAGUUAUAUUUCGAUACGUUGCCUGCAGUGUUUAAUACAGGAUUGAGCUUUGGGGUCAAUGCCAUCAUGGCUUUAGAUGGAACUAUCUUAUUGGAAGAGAUAGUACAAGCAAAAGAGCACUUACGUAACCAAUAUGAACAGUUAUUUCCUGUCCUAUAUGAGAAUUAUCCUGACGUAUUUCCACCAGAGCUUUAUACAUGGGAGCAGUUUCUCUGGGCUUGUGAGCUCUGGUACUCCAACAGCAUGAAGAUUAUGUUCAGUGAUGGAAAGCUAAGGACCUGCUUAAUUCCUGUUGCUGGAUUCCUGAACCACUCAACGUGUCCACACAUAACGCACUAUGGGAAAGUAGAUCCAUUGACAGAUUCUGUAAAAUUUCCUUUGUCAAGGCCUUGCAAUGCAGGAGAGCAAUGCUUUCUUACCUAUGGAAAUUUCUCCAGCUCACAUUUACUUACUUUUUAUGGCUUUUUGCCACGACAAAAAAAUCCUUAUGAUGUUAUUCCGCUUGAUAUUGAUAUUGCCCAAGAUGAAGAUUGUGAGGAUGCAGGGCGCAUGUCUGAUUGGGACAGUCACAUGGUGCGGGGCACCUGGUUCUCAAGGAACAAUGGGAUUUUCAAUUAUGGUUUGGCACCUCCAUUGCUUGAUCACUUUCGAAGGGCUCGGGGGCCUAUCUCACGAACAAAGACCCACGAUAGCCUGGAAAUUGAAGUUGAAAUACUCAACGACCUUCGCUCUACCUUUGAAGGUAUGAUGGAGUCCCUCGGUGGAGAAGAGCUUGAUGACAGGGACAGUUGCAGUUGGGAUGUAAAGCUUGCAAUGGAUUUCAAAGACUUACAGAGGAGAAUUGUCUCCUCAAUCAUAACUUCAUGUGACGCUGGUUGCAAGUUGUUGGAAUACGAACUGAGCAGAUGCUCAGAAUAGCAAGGAUGUGUAAUGG